GUUAAUUUGAUAUCGAAAUAAGUAAUUACACUAUUUGUACACAUUUCUUCAUCAUUCAUCUCUUCAAAAAUGCACAUAGAACAUAAACCAAAGUUCAAUAGCAGCUACGAAAGCAAACCCAACAUUGACUAUAGAAAACUCGAAUUUUGUCUAACAAGAAUUCUUGUUAGACAAGCUUACUGUCGCUGAGCGGCUGCUUUUUAAUUUCUGACUUCUGCAGUUACAGUUUGACCGUCACAAUAUAAAACAAACUGUAUACCUCGGAUUAGUUCGACUAGAAUUCUUGAUAAUUCCAAUAGAUAUAGCAUAAAGUUAUUGCAAAAAUCGACAGACAUGCAUUUUAUGUAACUAUUACCAUGAAAUUAAAAGUAGCACAUGUUAUCAGAAAUUACCACCCCUGAAUGGCCUGAUCCGCCGAAGUGAUCGGCGAAGGCGUGGUUGUCACUAUUUGAAAAUCCACAAAACAGUGAAAAACAAACACUGCAGACCUCAGCAGACCUCAUUAUAACAUUUCAUCAAUUUAAAAGCAAAUUCACUGGCAUUAUCCUGUUAUUUGGUCCGCGGACCAAAUAAAUUCCACAACAUUUAAAUGAUAUGUUUAGCUUCGGUUCUGUAAAAAAAUCAUAGUGUAUUCAUCCGCCAUUCUAAAAAAAAAAUCAUAGUGUAUCCAUCCGCCAUUCAUUGCUGAGGUCAUGUAAGGUCGCGUAGGAAUACACAUAAUAAAUUAUAUAUGUGCGGACCAAAUACCAGGAGUAUAUAUAUAGAGACGAAAAUGUUUUCCAAUAGAUUCAUUCUAAUGCUUUAUAAGGGGAAGUAUCCCCGGGAAAAGGGUUUUCUUUGGGGGAUCAUAUUUUCAGAAAAUGGGGCUUGGCAGUCUUUUGGGGGUGACAUUCUUAAAAUAAUUCGUUAAUUUAGAAGUUUUCAGGUGCGGACCAAAUACCAGGAGUAUAUAUAGCGACGAAGAAUUUAUUUGGUCCGCGGACCAAAUACCAGGAGUAUAUAUAGAGAGACGAAAUUGUUUUCCAAUAGAUUCAUUCUAAUGCCUUGUAAGGGGAAGUAUCCCCGGGAAAAGGGUUUUCUUUGGGGGAUCAUAUUUUCAGAAAAUGGGGCUUGGCAGUCUUUUGGGGGUGGCAUUCUUAAAAUAAUUCGUUAAUAUAGAAGUUUUCAGGUGCGGACCAAAUACCAGGAGUAUAUAUAGCGACGAAGAAUUUAUUUGGUCCGCGGACCAAAUACCAGGAGUAUAUAUAGAGAGACGAAAUUGUUUUCCAAUAGAUUCAUUCUAAUGCCUUGUAAGGGGAAGUAUCCCCGGGAGAAGGGUUUUCUUUGGGGGAUCAUAUUUUCAGAAAAUGGGGCUUGGCAGUCUUUUGGGGGUGGCAUUCUUAAAAUAAUUCGUUAAUAUAGAAGUUUUCAGGUGCGGACCAAAUACCAGGAGUACAUAUAGCGACGAAGAAUUUAUUUGGUCCGCGGACCAAAUACCAGGAGUAUAUAAAGAGAGACGAAAUUGUUUUUCCAAUAGAUUCAUUCUAAUGCCUUGUAAGGGGAAGUAUCCCCGGGAAAAGGGUUUUCUUUGGGGGAGCAUAUUUUCAGAAAAUGGGGCUUGGUAGUCUUUUGGGGGUGACAUUCUUAAAAUAAUUCGUUAAUAUAGAAGUUUUCAGAUGCGGACCAAAUACCAGGAGUAUAUAUAGCGACGAAGAAUUUAUUUGGUCCACGGACCAAAUACCAGGAGUAUAUAUAGAGAGGUCAGGCAUUCUGCAGACAAUGAUUACCCAUAAUUUUACGUUCAGAUCAAAAGAUAAUCAUGUACUUCGAGUGAACCCAUUAACAUAGUUCACAGAGAUGUUAAUAUGCGUGGAUUGUGAUUGCAAAUUUCAAUUGACCGUUAGCUAUGGAAGCACGCGAUCACAGAAGAAAAAUUUACACACAAUGGAUGAUAAUACAAGACAUUAUUGGAGAUGCUAAAAAGUGGCCAAAGCUAAUUAGAAGACUGUUUUGGAAGAUAGGUGUUAAACAUUUUGAUCGUUUAUUAUUAGCUGCAUUCGUGUACGUCAAUGGAUUAAAUCCAGAUAUAUUCCUAGAGUGGGCUUAUCUGACAAAUUUGUGCAGGGAUGAGAGCGGAUAUAAACAUUUUCGCGAUUUAUUCCGUCUGUUUGACGAAAAGAAAUACAAUUUGUAUGCAUUUAAUGUCACAAAUAAUCGGUACGAGUAUAUUGAUGGAAGUGUGCGACAUUAUACCCAUUCAACAUUGAGAUAAAUAGUGAUGUGUUUAUUUCCAGCAAAGUAGGUGCCAUGGUAUAGAAAGAUUGCAAGCAUCUAAAGAAGGCAAGCAUUUCAGACAUGUUGAAAAGUGACAGGAUUUUCAAGUAGUGGCACAGUCACUAGAAAUUUUACUCUGGAGACUUCUGCUUUGGAGAUUUUACCAUUACUGUCUUGUACGUGAAAAAUCAAAGUAACAAAAACAGUGUAACUGUAAUACUAGUAGUUCAAAAUUAGACGAAAUUAGAAAAGAACUUAUGUAACGGGAACAGUGUCCAGACAGUUUGCAAGAAGUCUAGAGUUCAGUAUACAGUUAACCAGAAUAUUAUCUAUAUUAGGACCAGGAUGAUUUCAACAUUUUGAGACCAGUAAUAAUUAGUAUGAAAUCGAAUCAAACCGGUUAAUCAGCCACAAUAUUGAAAAUGCUCUUUGCCUUCCAGAUGACCGUAUCAAGUUUCUUCCAGCAGCUGACCUCAUUAGGAAGUUACGAUGAAUAAGGGCUAGAUGACUACAUAUUUGGUGAGGUAAAGAUACAUCUGGAAAUAGCAUUACAUGGGGAUAUUUUCAAGUUGUUAUAUGUCAUCAGGAAACAGAUAUAUGAUCUUCUUUGUUCAAGAACAAGGCAGCUUGAAAUAUUAGUAACGUAAUUUUGGAGCAAUGUUGACAGGAAAGUAAAAUGGAAGAAUUUCAGAAAGAAACUCUCAUAGAUUCUGUAAACUGUGACAAAAUUGUGUCAGCAUUAGUUGGAGAGAGUGAACAGUUUGAAAAGCAGUUAAGUGGUACAAAUGUCAACUCUGAACCAGAUGUAGCAGCUGGUGUGAGAGCUAGUGUGACAGUACAUGACUCCUCAAACUACGAGGGUGUAGAAUUGGGACACACUAUGACUUACCCUACCAAAGUAAAGAAAUGUGUAAAUAAGAAGAGCAGUCAUGAAGAACUGAGUGAGAAUGACCAGUCUCUACAAGAAGAUAUGACAUCUGAAGAUAAGGAUGCUAAUUUUAGUGCUUCAAAUGAUAAGGAUGCUAAUGUUAGUGCUUCAGAUAAUAAGGAUGUUAAUGUUAGUACUUCAGAUGAUGUAUUAGCAUUAUUUCCCUUUGUCUGUGGUAUAUGUGAUGAAAAAUUUAACAUUUUAGUAAGUUACUUUAUGCAUAUUUCAACGCAUGAAAAUGCUAACACAUUGUUACAUUGCUGUGACCAGACAGAUGUUGAUGAGGGUUGUUUCUUGUUUUCGUGUGGCAUUUGUGAUAUAAAGUACCCAACUUUGUGUACUCUUUACCAACAUCUACUUGAAACAGAAGGUGUGACUGACUUUGUUUUCAGGGGUAGAGUAAGAACAGCGCAUGCUUGUAAUGAAACUAGUGAAAAUUUUGAAAUUCCACGAAACAGUGCAGAGUGUUAUAGGGUAAAAGUAAAGGGAAUACAUACUCUUGAUAAAGGUAUCAAUUCAAACAUUUCAAUGGAUGAUGUAAAGUUUGAUAUAAAAGGUUCCUUGGAUGAUGAUAAUUUACUUGGUAACUCAGGAGAUGACGAUGAUAAUUUACGUGGUAACUCAGGAGAUGACGAUGAUAAUUUACGUGGUAACUCAGGAGAUGACGAUGAUACCACAAUAAUCAAUGAGAGUGUUGUUGGAGAAGAGAUUGAAACUGGAAGAAAAUAUGUAAAAGACCUAAAGAUCAUUGAAAGAAAACAACUGAAGAGAAAGAAAAGAGGCAAAAGAAAAGUAAAUGCUAAAAAUGCAAAUAAAACAUUGUUAAAUGAAUGUAAGAAGACUAAAGGGAGUAUCCUUGCAGGCACAGAUAGGAACACAUCAUUGAGAAUAGAAGGAACAGACAUACCUGCUGUUGCAUCUAAUGAUUAUGACAAUGAUGAUUGUUAUGAUGAUGAAAAAGUAGUUGAUGGUAUAAAUGAUGAUGGAAUCAACUGUCAUGAAGAUACUGUUGAAGGAAAACACACAAAGAAGAAGCGAGUGUCAAAAAACCGUAAAGAUCAGCUGUUUCCAUGUGAGAUAUGUGGAGCAGUUGUUAAACACCAGUACCUAAAGAGACACAGAAGUACUCAUGAAGAACGUACACUAGCAUGUGACCAGUGUGAAAAUGUGUAUAACUGCAAGAACAAAUUAAGAACUCACAAGAAACAAGUCCACACAGAUGAAAAGAAGUUCAUUUGUGAUAAAUGUGGUAAAAGUUUCAAAGCGUGGCCCUACCUCAAGCAACACAGACAAAUCCAUAUCAAAGAGAGAAAUAUACUGUGUCCGGUUUGCCCUAUGAAAUUCAAAACUGCGGGAGUGUUUAAGGCGCAUUUGAAAACACAUUCAGAUCAGAAGCCACACAACUGUGAGCAGUGUGGAAAGAAAUUCAAACGAGCUGAUUUGUUAACAACACACAAAAAAUAUCACAUGGAGGAGAAACCAUUUCCUUGUCCUGAAUGCUCGAAAACUUUCAAAGUGAAACAAGACAUGAAAAAACAUUUUAAGGUUCAUCUACCACCGAAGUUUUUCUGUCGAAUUUGUGGAAAACCAUUUGUUCAGAAGUACAAUGUACGAAUUCACAUGAAAGUUCAUGGAGAACUUCAUGAAAAAUAGAAAUAUUGUGCUAUUAAUGUGAAAUAAAAAUAGCUGGAGUUUCAAAGAAAGAUAUAUAAAAGAUACUGUGAAAUCAUUAAUAUUCGUGAGAGACUUUUUUUUGUCGAUAUCGGGGUUGAGUCAGUCCGCAAAAUUUGAUCCCAGUGAACAAGUAAAAUUCCCAUUCAUUUUAUAUUCAAAAUUUGAAAUCCACGAAAUUGCCGUUUUGAUCGAAACCAUGAAAUUUCAUGCACACGAAAUUAAAUGAUUUUACCGUAUAUAAAAGAUAGACAGAGAAUAAUGCCCGGAAAUAUAGGGUUGUUUGUUGAUUUGCUAAGAUCACUCCUGGACCAGCUAAAGUACCGGUAGCAUGUUUUGAAAAUUUGGGUCUCUUGAAAGAUAAAAAUUAAGAUGACAUUUUUACAUAUUGAAAGAUUUUGUGAUGUAAAAUUUAAGCAUACUUUUAACAGUUAGUAUCAAAUUGUCACGCGUCAAGGGACAUUAAUUUUACAAGAAGGUGACAUUUAUUAAGGCUCUAUAAUGCAGGGAUUUUUUAAAAAAAAUUUAAGUAAAUAUAAAUGCACAAUACAUCUGGUAUUCAUUUAGGACCUUAAUUAAAAUAAAAAAAAAAAAAAUUUCAGAAAAUGGGGGGAUGGUAUUUAUUAGGAGAGGACAGAUCUUUGGUUAGACAAUAUUGUAUGUGUUUGUCUCUAAAGGCAUACAAACACUAAAUAGAAAAAUGGCGCGAAAAAAAAUGGUAGUCGCAUAAUGGCGGAUACAAAUAGUCCUCAGUUUUUUUGCUCUGUAGAGCUAUUUUCCUUAUUUUCUUUGCAUUUUUUUUGCUAAAAUCACAUGACAGAUCUAUGCUUGACAUGUAGGUAGCAUUUUCAUAAUGAAAUAACAACAUGACAAAAUUUUUCAUGGAAACUUAGAUCAUACACCACCAGUAUAAUUUGGGGUCUCAUUUUUUAGCUGAUUUUGCAGUUUGUUUGUUGGACUGAAAUUAAUUUUCUUGCAUCAAACAUGACCCCCACUUUUCUUUUGAUUUUUUGUUAGCACUGACAAUAUUCUUCAAGAAUGUAAGUUACAGACAUUUAAAAUGGGUCCUGAUGUGUGCUGCAGUCAUUGGAAGUAGGUCAGUUUUAUAUAGAAUAAAGAACAAGAACUAUUUAGUGUGUUAUAACCUAUAAAGAAACAUACUUUUUCAUCAUUUAAGGUAUGCAUCUUGAAAGUGAUAUGUUUACUUAAAUUACCUAUAUAAGACAGGAAAAUAAAACAAACAACAACACACUCCUUAUUUUUAGGCAAGUCCACCUUUCAGCCAACAGUAACUUGGACACUAAAAAUGUCCAUAGCAGUCAUUCAUGGAAAGUAAUGAAUGAUACCAUCGAGUAACCUUAAAUCGUGAUACCCUUCAUUUCGUGAUACUGGAAAAUUUACAUGUAGCUCGCGCACUGUUUUGUUUUCUGACGUCAUUCCAUUAAAUUAUAUAUAAUACAUUGAUGUUUCCCUAAAAUAGCAUGUUGCAGCCGAUUGUUUACAUUUUGUUCAAGAAGGUCACGGCUUCGGAAGACUUAUAUGGCUAAGGAGUCGAAAAACUUUUUUACAUUGUAAAAAAUCCUGAUUGAAAUAUUGUUGUUGGUUAGUAAGGUCAUGCUCAUUUGUUUCAAUCAAAGCAUAUUAUCAAUACACAUGUAACCGUCAUUCAUUGAUAGAUAGAUUGGUCAUUGUGAACUUCUUUGUAAAAUUGUAAAAGUUGCAGCAAAACGAUAAUACAGGCAGUAUUCUCCAGCUAUCUUUAGCAAGGCCAACGAGAGUUUCAAUUGUAUGCAAAUUAAAUUAUAACAGUAUAUUUGUAUCAAGAGUGAUAGAAAACGAAUAAAUUUCGAAUGUUA